ACAAACAAAGUUUAUAAUGUUAGGAGGUACCCGUGGCAAAGUGGCCAUCGGCCUCCAAUCAACAUGUUUUCACUGUCGCUGGUCUUGAUGCUUGGAGUGAGCGCUCAGAAUGUCGACUAUUCGCAGUUUGUGAAUCCAUUCAUUGGGUCUGAAGGAGCCAUCUCGGGAUAUGCUUUUGGUGGUGGAGAUAUCUUUAUUGGAGGUGUGCUCCCAUUUGGGAUGGUGAAGCUGGGCAUCGAUACUUAUGAAGAGCCUCUCAACCAAAGCGCGCUCAACGGCGGAUGGACACCCCAAGGCAAAGUCACAGGCAUUAGCCUGAUGCAUGAGUCUGGCACCGGAGGAGGGCCCAAAUAUGGAUUUCCUGCGCAGAUGCCGUUGACGACCAUCGAGGCACCCGUCAAUGUUCUGGAUAAUUUAACUUACUGGCAGACGAGGGUUGGCGAAGAUGAAGCGAGCGUGGGGUACUUCAAGACAGAAUUUGAAUCCAACAUCACGGUUGAGCUUUCAGCAUCGCGACACGCGGGGCUACACCAGUAUACAUUUCCAUCGGCCUCGGAGAAACAUGUGCUGGUCGACUUUUCGCACUAUCUCCCGCAUCCGACGCGGUCUUGGGACUCUCAAUUCUACACCGGCGGUGAAAUUGAAAUCCAGCCCAACUCUUCGAUAUACACUGGCUACACGUCCAUCGCCAACGGAUGGUGUUUAGGUCCUCCUGUCACUGUGUUCGUCUGUGGUGAGUUCGACUCGCCACCUGAUCACGCAACGGCGUUCAAAGGUAGGAACACGUUUCCCGUGGGUCGUCACUUUCGAUCUUUUGGUAAUUCUACGACCCCGAACGCCACCUUCACGGGUGCUAGCGCGCGAUCAGGGCCUCAAAGCGACCGCGUUGGCGCUGUUUUCUCGUGGAACAAUACCGACGACUCUUCCACGAUCAAGUCGCGCGUCGGCAUCUCAUUUAUUUCGGUCAGCAAGGCAUGCGAGUACAAGAACCAGGAACUCUCAUGGUCUAUCGAGGAAACCACUCAAGCCGCACGCGACGAGUGGAAUCGCGACGUCUUCUCCAAGAUUCGCGCCGAUGUUUCGGAGCGAGCGAAUAAAACUAGACUGGCGUUGCUAUACUCGAGUCUGUACUUCAUGCAUCUCAUCCCCAGCGAGCGCGUGGGCGAGAAUCCGCUAUGGGAGUCGGACGAACCGUACUGGGAUGACUUUUACACCAUGUGGGAUCUGUUCCGCAACCAAGUGUCACUCUGGCACCUCAUCCAGCCUACUUACUAUGAAUCUAUGAUUCGUUCGCUCAUAGACAUGUUCAAACACGAAGGUUUCUUGCCUGAUGGCAGAUCGGGAAAUUACAACGGAUUGGUGCAGGGUGGAUCAAACGCAGAUAAUGUCUUUGCCGACGCCUACGUCAAGGGCCUGCGAGGCAACAUCAACUGGACGGAAGGAUACGCCGCUGUGAAGAAGAACGCCGAGGUUCUUCCUUUCUUCGACCAAAACCCAGUGGAUCCACAAGGCUCAUUGAAAGAGGGUCGCUCCGCGCUCGACGAUUGGAUACCGUUAGGUUACGUCUCCGCGGAUCGCAAUUCUCGUGCUGUAUCGAAGACUGUCGAGUAUGCCUUGAACGACUUCGCCGUGUCGCAGAUUGCAGCUGGUGAGGCACCGGGCGACCGCGAGAAAUACCUACAGCGUUCGUCCGGGUGGCAGUUGAGCUGGGAUCCAGAAGCCACAGCCCGCAACUUCUCGGGAUUCGUCAUGCCGCGAUACUCGAAUGGAACUUUCCACAAGACAUACAACAUCACCAACUGCGGCGAUUGCAAUUGGUCCGACGAAUCUUACGAAGGCACCGCUUUCGAAUACUCCUUCGUCAUUCCCCAUGACGUCGAACGAAUGAUCGAGCUGAUGGGCGGCGCGACACACUUCGAAACGCGACUGGACUACGUCUUCCAACCCAACACCUCGGGCGUCGAUCUCGGCGUAAACGGGCUGGGUAUCACCACAAUCAACAACAUCGCAAACGAGCCAGACUUCCAAACCCCAUACUUGUACAACUACCUCAACAAACAGUGGAAAUCGGUCGAGCGCUCGCGCCAGCUAGCCACCGAUUUCUACUUCAACAGCUCGAACGGGAUACCGGGGAAUUCGGAUGCGGGUGCGUUGAACUGCUGGUUGAUUUGGCAGAUGCUGGGACUAUACCCGAUUGUGACUACGCCGGUUUACCUGCUUGAGUCGCCGUGGUUCGAGGAUGUUAAUAUCACUGUAAAUCAUGAUAAGACAUUGCGGAUCAGGGCGGAGGGGUUGGAUGAUGGGGAUGGCAAGCAAGGAUACUACGUUCAAGGCGUGAGCAUCAACGGACAAUCUUGGGAUAAGAAUUGGUUCGAGCACGAGGAUGCGGGUGGUAUCAUGACCAACGGAGGAGAAAUCUUGUUCAGCUUGGGGACGGAGCAGAAGGUCUGGGAAACGGGAGAGGUUCCUCCUUCGCCGGGUCAUAGGGUAGUUGAUGUGGGCAUGUCGUAG